UUGAUCACCAAAUAAAUAAAACUAAAUAACAAAGCAAUGGAACACGCGACGAGUGAAUUGAGGGAAUUUAUCUCAGAUCUGGUGAUUCCGCACCAGCGUUGCAAUGUUAACAUCAAUCCGGAUCACAUCACCAUGCUGGAGGGCACCAAGAUCAAAAAGCAGCACUCCCGAAAACGUCGCGCCCACAAAUCCAGUACGCUGAGUCGCCGGGAAUAUGCGGCACUUGGUUUGAACACUCUUCCCACCAAGCAGAUGAAGUACGAGGAGGCGCUGCCACUGCACCACCUGUGGAAGGGCUAUGUGCGCGAGCAUCUGCAGCUGAGGGAAGGUGACGAAGUGCCCAAGGUGCACGAUGGUCGCUACGACGAGUUCAGCCGCAAGUUGGUGAAACUGGAUUUGCACGGUGCCAAGCUGAAGGUUCUGCAGUCCAAGUGCUCCACCCUCGAAAGUUUGGCUGGCAUCUGCGUCAUGGACACCAAGAACGUGUUGAAACUGCUCGGCAAGGACCAUCGGGUGCGCACAAUACCCAAGAGCGAGUGCGUCUUUGGUCUGAAAGUGGGCAACAUGGAGUUCACCAUAUUCGGGCAGCACCUCAACAUUCGACCCGCCGAGCGGAGCGUUAAGAAGAUCAAGAACUUUGUGAAGCCCUUCAUGUAGGAACUACAGGACCAAUCAUUAGAUAUAGAAAUUGUAUCCUAUUGUAAUAUAAGAAAUAAAUUUAUUGGGAAGCUC